AUGCUGUUGAAGAGAGAACUUAGAGAAGCCCUGAGCUCUCGUCUGAUUGCUUUACUGCUGCUCUGUUGCACCGUACAACUUUCUUAUGGCCAGGGUAAUGUACCAAUAUUUAAUGUCGCAAUCCUUUAAUGUUUUAUCAUAUUCAUAUAUGCCGUGAUGAUAUAUUUUACGUUAUAUUGACAAAUGUUGUCGAUCAACAAAUAUUUGAUGAUAGUAUUUUUAAAUCCAACGUCCUAAAACAGUGACUAAUGACUAUGCUCUGACACUAAGCUAUGUUCGCAGGAGAAAUGGUGAAUUUGCAACUCAACUUUGUACAAUCAACAUUCUGGUAUAUUGUCUAGCUUUCAAUGGAGUUUUAGCACAAGUCAUAGUCAGUGAUGCUAGGCACGCAAGGAUGCUAGGUAUCAUAUUAAAUGAUGCUAGCACACGGAACUAGGGCGUCAGUUCAUUUUCGGAGUUAGCUUUGUUUUGGGUUUUUUUAUAUUUAAUUUCGAGUUCACAGCGGGCACAUGAUCAGAAAUGAUAAGCGAAGGUCACAGGUAACCGCAUGACUUUCCGUGAGAAUCAACGGAACCUGAUGAAUUUAGUCGCUCUAUCCCGAAUUCCUCCUCAGCUAAAUUCGUAACUUCGACUUUUGUUGGAAACAGGUCUAUGUGUCUUAUGGAUCACAAUUAUUUCAAUAAUGUUCACAUACACACCAUGAGGUCGUUCUGGCAAUAUGUAAAUUUCUUCUUGCGAUACAGGCUGUUUGUGAGUUUGUCAAAGCGAUUUAUAUAUCCUGACUUCCUGAGUUGCUGUAGUCGGGUUCAAGCUUAACAUUGGGAACAUUUCGGUUAAAACCAUAGAAAUACGAGAUAUCUAUUAUUUCUAUGGUUAAAACAGAAGGAAUUUCUCUCAGUGAAUGUUAGGUUUGAUUAGUUAUUUCAAUCGCUUUCAUGCUCAGUUGAAUUAAUAAGAUUUAGGAUAUAUUGAUCAUGCAGCGCUCCACAACUCGGAUAUUAGUGAGCUUGCUUACGCAAGUGACGUUUGGUCAAGGACGUCAUCCAGAAAUUGGUAGGACUAAUUUUAGCGUUAUUUUGCAUCAUAGCGCUUGUAAACGGAAGCAAAAACUUUAAAAAUCUUAUGUUUUGUCAUAUGUGUUGAAAAUUACUACAAACUGACACAAACACACGUGACACACACAUUUCGUCGCAUGUUUCACAAUGGACCUUGCCCCUUAUAACUAAAAUUGUAUUACAAACGCGAAAUUGACAUCCGAUUCGGGUGUUGGGGCUGCAAUUUCGGUUUGUAAUGCAAAAUGACUGAAAAUUGCAAACUUUGCAAGGCUCUAUUUUCCUCAUUUUACAACAUUUCGCAACGAAACUUUGGAAUAUUACUAAUUUUGUGAUGCUCUUUCAAGCUGUGAUGAAAUAUUUGUCUAGACUUGCCUAGAUCAAAAUUUUGGUUAUAAGGGGAAAGGUCUAUUGGAACUGAAGAAGAAUGGAGUGCCAGUUUUCUGUCUAAGCUUCAUGUUUUAUAAACCUACUAACGACUCGUGCACAUGAUAUAUGCCAGUGGUUUCAUAAUUUACAUAUUGUUGUGUCUCAUUUCAUCUUCGCAUAAAUCACAAAGGCUGUGUAUUCCAGUUUUUCAUUCGUGCGGACGGAAAAGUUUAAAUAUUUCUGAAUUUUCUAUAAGUACUAACUAGCUCAAGAACAACACAUUAAAUCAAACAGAAAACUAAACGCUGUCUUUUUAUUUGUUCAGUUAUUUCAUCAGACAGUAAAAUUUAAAAGGAUUUAAACUUUUCCGUGCAUUCACGCACGCAUAAGAAACGCUUAUCUGGAAAGCAGCCUUUACGAGUGUUAAGAAUAGUCUUUCUCUUGCGGGCCAAUGUCCGCCAUUUUAAUAAUAAUAAGCUUUAAUCGAACUCACUAAAAUAUACAAAACUACGUUUAACCAAAAAUUGUAGACAUUACAAAGAGGAAAAGACCAGUUAGAUAAGGGAUUGGCAAAUUUCGAGGUACUGUCUUCCAAUAGACAAUUAAAACAAUGUGAAAAGUAACUUAUCAAAGUUGUGACUGUAACUAUACUACAAUGCACACAACUUAAUUCUCAGACUCGGGAGAGGAGGCAGUAACACAAAAAUGGCGGCUAACCCGAGCGUGCAGGCUAAUUGUAGAUUCACGGAUAGCAGAUCUUGCAUGAUAGCAGAUUUGGAAAUUGUCAACAUAUAUAUUUCUUGAAAGAUUUGCUUUUGAAAUUUAUAGAAAAGUUUUCAAAAUGAAAGUAGCAUAAAAAGCAGAAGCGUGGCUGUCAUGUGUAUUCAUAAUAACAACUUUAUUUCAAGAGGGUUGAGAACACGACAGCGAUAUAGGCUGAUUAACUUGUGGCCCUCGCUUUUACUUUCAUCUUUUUAUCAUGAAAUGCAACAGAAGUUUCGUAUCAAAGGGAGUGACAAAAUGAAAGGUCGUUAAAACGAAAACAAAGAUCUAUUGUGUAUAAAAAAUUUCUUUCAUUUCUUAUAUUACGCAUCAUUAUAUACUUCACUCUGAGACAGAAACUGUUGCAACGGAAGCACGCGAUAUCGAACUUGAAAGAACCCUUGAGUCGCCUCUAACAGCAUGAAGCUUGUAACUUUGAGUGGGAGUCAAACACCAAACAUCCUCUGACAAACACAAUGAAACAGCAAUUUGGAACUUACAUCGAUUCACAGUGACACUACACAACUUUUGCUUAAAACUGUCGCAACCUGCUUACAGCUUGAGCCAUAGGUCCUUAUUCUGUGGCUUGAGCUGUACAGUGUAAAUGAACAUAACUCAUUUACGAUAACUUAGGUGAGUUGUGUGCUUGAUUUACACACAGUGUAUAUACAGCUCAAGUUGUUGCAUGCGACAGGUCGUUGUGUAGUGUAAAUCGACUUUUACACUAAAAUAUCUUAACUGAUAGCUGACAAACAAUGAAAAGUAACUUGAACCAAUUAAGGCUUACGGAUGGGAAAGCUUUGCUAAAACAAAGGUGGUGUUUUCACAGAACAAAACAAUAAUUUUAUAUUAAUAUUAAACUCCACUACUCACUAGUAUAAACAGUUGGAAUAUCUUUGAGUUAGUUUGCGAGCGUGCACGCUUCAAAUUCAGUCAUUUCGUGACUCAAACCUCUUUCGUGACUCAAACCGUAUUAUUUUUAAAAAUAAUUUCAACAAUAUAUAUGAAAGAAUAUCAAAUGUGUGGGCAGUAUAAAGAUUAAAGUAGGCCGCUCCCUGCACUAAUUUCUCAAUUUGUCGGCAACUAAAAUUACAUCAAGAAACAAAUAUUAUGAAAAUAGUAAGAAAAUGAUUCGUGAAUAGCCAAUGAAAAGCGAGAAAAGUCAACAAAUAGCGUCCCUGGAUCAAUGUUGGCGGGAAACACGUGCGCACGCUAUACUUCAUGUAAUCUUAUCCACAUUGUCUCGGUUUGAAAUCGGAGAAGCCACAGACAACCCUCGAAACACUAGAGAGAGCAAGCACUUGUCAUAUCUUAGUUAUCGUAAGUGAUCUCCUACCCCGCCACCCCCAUCGACACAUAUUUUGGGAAAUAUUAUAACGAUGAGCGCCAAAUUUAGAGGUGCCACCCCACUGACGAGCCAGGACGAGCAGCUGUGCAGACAUAACUAACAUUAUUUAUUGAUCUAUUUCAGUGCGAACAGAACAAGUCAAAUUACCGCUGUGUAAUUCGUACAGCGUUACGUCAUUCACAAGGCCCAAUAUCUUUAACCAUACUUCUCAAGACGAGGCUAUUUUUCAUCUGCAUACAUUCUCACCACUGAUUGCGACAUUCUGUCAUCGAGAGCUCGUUCUCUUUACGUGUAUGGUACACAUUCCUUGGUAUGAACACAUUCCGGACGCGCCCGCACGAAUACGGCCCGUGUGCAGGUCACUAUGUGACAGAGUAUACGCAGGGUGUAAAUCCGCAAUGGAUAAACUCAACUUUCAUUGGCCAGAAAAAAUCAGUUGUGAUAAAUUUGCCAACAUCACUUGCAGUGAGUUUCUUUAGAAAAUUUCUGAGCUACACUUAACCAUUCACAUUUUUUAUUAAUAAAUAGGCAGUACAUUUCUUGGUUAUCAUAUCCAAACGUGGUAGUCCAGUGUAGGUAGUGUUCUACAAUAAGCUGUUGUGGUUUGUGUCUGAACUACCUGAAAAACAUAUCCAAACGUGGUAGUCCAGUGUAGGUAGUGUUCUACAAUAAGCUGUUGUGGUUUGUGUCUGAACUACCUGAAAAAGAUAUCUCAAACGUGGUGGCCCAGUGCAGGUAGUAUUCUGCAAUAAGCUGACGUGGUUUGUGUCUGAACUACCUGAAAAAGAUAUCUCAAACGUGGUGGUCCAGUGUAGGUAGUAUUCUGCAAUAAGCUGACGUGGUUUGUGUCUGAACUACCUGAAAAAGAUAUCUCAAAAGUGGUUUCAUAUAGUCGCCAUAGGAACACAAGCCGUCGGUACCUUCCCUGGCAUGCUCUUGCAACCAAAAUAAAAAGAAUCAAAAAUGAAGAAUUAACAAAUUCAAAUAGAAAUCAUAGCCUAAAAAUUAAACUUUUGUUUUGCUUUAUAGAUCCUACACCUAGGCCACUACUUACAGGUGAGGUCAAUAUUUAACAACGUCUUUGUAGCCACAUGUCUGUAAUUAAAGCCUCUCCUCCACUGAUCGCAAAAACAACCAACUCCCAAGUUCGUUGCAAGUACUUUACAAUAAACUGUCGAACAUUCUGAUGAAAGUAUUGGCAGCGAGUUAACUCUUGCGAUGAAUGGAAAAGAGCCUUUAGCGUUAAAGAAAAGUUUACAAGUCUGUUGCAAUCUUGUUAAGACGCGAGAUUUUUCCACGACGUAAUGACGAUUAAGGUUAGGAAUUUGAUACAGAAUUAGGUAAUUGGGAAUAGUGUUAAGACACGACGUGUGUUUUAUUUCUUACAGUACCAGACGAGUGUUCCCCUAUUCCAUAUCACGGAGGUACUCCAAUGUGUUCCUCAGUGAACUCCGCUCCGCCAGAUACCAAGUAUUUCAACGCCACAAACAAUCCUUUCACAAACUAUUUCAACCACACAACACAAGAAGAAGCUAUCUACGACCUAGCUGGCACACACGCUAGACUCAUUCAACUUCUCAUCUCGCAACAACCUGAUAUUAACAAAGCAAAUCAUGUAACGCAAUGUUUGAACGACGUAAGAUUUCUACUCUGCAAUCUUUAUCUCCCACGAUGCGGUGACAAAACGCCAAAGGAUUAUCCAAUCACGUCUGCACAGUGUAGAAACACUCUUGGCGGAAGAAACUGUACUUUAGCGAUCUCACAACUUCGAGGUCGAGGAUAUAACAUUACAUGGCCACCAGUUCAGGUUAAUUGCAACAAUUUUCCAGGCACCCUCACGCAAGAAGAUAUCCGUAAGUAUUGAUUACAGUCAAAGAAUAUAAUCAAUACCAUAACAUACCACCACAUAACAUACAUCAUACUAUGCCAUAUCUCCAUACCUUACCAAACGACUUCACACGAUACUAUACCCCAUAGCUUACCGCAAUAUACCACACCAUACUACAUCAUACCACAGCUCACAUUACCAAACCAAACCAAACCAUACCAUGCCAUGCCAUACCACCAAUAUGCUAAACCACACCAUACUAUACCACACCACACCUACACCACACCACACCUACACCACACCUACACCAUACCAUACCAUACCAUAACCUUCCUUUACCUUACCACACACGCCAUUUUUUACUAGUGUAAUAUUGUAUUUGCAUUGUAUGCAUGUCAUUCGUGUAAUUUUAUCUGGCGAAGUUGAAUAAAAAAAUAAAUAAAUAAAUAAUUUACUUUCUGUAGCUCAAUUUAAGAAAGAUCGAACGUUUGGCGGUCUCUCUCCUCCACCACCAGCUAUUACCUCCAAUACAAUUGGUUCAGAUUUCCUAGAAAUCAAAUGGCAAAGUUUCCCAGAAGAAUAUAAAUUUGGAACUACAGUAGAAACUGGUAUCUUGUACAGGCAAUCAGGCUCGCGCGUUCAAUACAAGCAUAUACACACUGGGAAGAACAGUCUUACACUGCGUGGUCUGAACUCGACCACGACGUAUGAAAUUUUAGUCGCUACAGUGAACAGUAACGCGUCAUACCCAGGAGUUUUAGAGAAAAUCGAGUUAAGAACAGACCAAGGAGUGGAACGAAUCAAAGCAGGAUUUUGUUCAAGUUUAUAUAACUUUACAAAACUACCAAAUAUAUUUGGUCAUCAAACACAAGACGAAGCUAUAUUUUCUAUGCAUACAUUUGGUCCUCUUCUAGAUACGGACUGUUCAUCUGAUCUCAAAGCUUUGAUAUGUUCUGCACAUUUUCCCAACUACCUAGCAGAGCGACAAAUUUCCUCGGCUCCCUGCCAGUCAUUGUGUCAAAGAGUGUUUGAUAGAUGUACCUAUGCAAUCAGCCAACUGAAAUUCAAAUGGCCUGAGCAGCUGAAAUGUAGCAAGCUACCUCAACAAGGGUCAUGUCACCGUAAGUAAAUGAUACUUUAAUACGUAAAUACCACAGCUUUACAAAUUAUUAUCUAAAUAUUUCUAAAAACAUUUUCCUUUUAUCUAGCACCUUCUCCCCUCCCUACACCAAUUGGUAAGUGGACAAUUGUGGAUAGCAUUUUAAAAAUAAUGCAUAGUCGUCUUAUUUGUUGGUGAUCUAUUGUUUGUUUGUUGUGCUAAAUAAACAAUUUAAAACAAUGCAAAUUUCUAAAUAUAUUUUCAGGUAGCGAAGAAUGCGAGCUAGUGCAAGAACAAUCGAUAUGUUCCCUUAUCACCAAACCUAACGGGACAAGUCCUUAUUUCACCACAGUCGACAAGAAGUUCAAAAACUAUUUCAAUCACACAUCACAACAACAAGCUGUGUAUGAGUUGAGCAAACACGCAAAGUUACUUAGCACGUUUUCAGCACUGAUUGAUAUCGAUCGACAGAGAAGUAGAAUCCACACUGACUGUGUUCAGAGACUUGCAUAUUUCCUGUGUAGUUUGUACCUCCCAAAUUGUCGUGCUGGUAUUGAAAUGAGCCGACGUGACUGCGAGAUGGUAGUUGGACGCGUUCACGUGUGUUCUCAGUCUGUGGGAACAUUACAACAGAUUGGAUACAUUAUUGAUUGGCCUCCGGUUCAAGUAGAUUGUAAUUCAUUCAACGCAUCUGUUGUGUCGCCAAAAGGUGCGUAUCCAUAAAGAGGCUGUUUGCAUGACACUUAGUAAUGAUCGGAAUAUUCGCAAUGCUAUCCUGUCACGAAACAAUGUUCAACUUCAGGCAGCAAAACUAGGAAAUAAUGUUUCUGGAACAAUGUUUCCUAGUUUGUCCACCUUCAGGAAACAUGGCUAGGAAACAAUGUUUCCUGGUUUAUGGCUAGGAAACAAUGUUUCCUGGUUUGUCCACCUUUGAGAAACAUGGCUAGGAAACAAUGUUUUCCUGGUUUGUCCACCUUCAGGCUUUUCCCUGUUUUGUAAAGUGCUUGGGUAUCAUACAAAUACUGAUUGUACAUGUUUAUUUUCUUUUAGUUGAAUUUAACAAAAUUACAUUUCAAAACAGUUUGCCUUCACCAGCAGUGGUGAGUUAUCAAACUUCUGGGAAAGAAAUGGUAUUACAUUUGAUUGAUAAUCCGUAUUCAUCACGACUUGCCAAUGAGUACGAAUUGUUGUUUAAACCUGUUGACGAGUUGUCUUACAACCACACUCAUUUCAGCGUGCGUACAAGCUCUAUAUCUUUAACAGUGGAUACAAGCAAAGAUUAUGAAGUUCUUAUUGCAUAUCUGAAUACCAUGGAUGGAAUGCCUGGACAUUUUGAAAGAAUUGCGUGUACGUUGUAGCAUAUAGAGAAGUUAAUUCUUAUUUUAAUCAUUUCUUUGUUUCAAUUUUUAUUCAAUAUGAAAAAUCCCCACAAUUAACACUUGAUGAUGACGUUGUUUCCUUUUGUGAGACGCAACUCAAAAGUGACGGGGUCUAAGAGACCUUUAAAUUGACGUUUACGGCAAACGUCAAACCGCUAGCGAGGUUCGUGAUUUUACAACUCUAUUAUUAUAGCUUUUACACCAGUUUUGAAAUAUGUUAAACUUAUUAAACUUGUGCUCUUUCGCAAUGAUUUAAGAAAGCAAAUUAACCACUAGUCGUGUCAUUCACCAAAGCAGUAAAUUAAGAUUUGGCGUUUGAAGUUGACGUUUGGCGUAUAAAUUUCAUGCUUUAACGACUACAAGCCCUCGUAGCAGUUCAAGCAUGGAAUUUAUACGCCAAACGUCAACUUCAAACGCCAAAUCUUAAUUUACUGCUUUGGUGAAUAGCAUAACUAGUGGUUAAUUUGCUUUCUUAAAUCAUUGCUAAAGAGCACAAGUUUAAUAAGUUUAACAUAUUUCAAAACUGGUGAAAAAGCUACUAUAACAAAGUUGUAAAAUCAAAAACCUCCAAUCUAAAGGUCUCUAAUUCCAGCCGUCACCUUACGGCUCAUGUCUGAUCUCGCUGCAAAGCUGGAGGGAGGAAAACCGUAGUACCCGGAGCCUCGAAGCACAGGAGAGAAGCAAUCACAACUUAGUUACAUGAAUGUUUCAGUACAUCAGAGUAUAGUAACCACCUAUCACGUGGGACCCCUGAGAAGUUGAGCGAGGCCCGGGGAAAAACUUUCCCAGGGGCCCCUAUGACGUCAUAAUUGUGAAACGGGAGAGCGGUGUUUUACAAUAUAUUGCACUCUAUUGCAUAUUAUUCGACACUCACCCAGUCAGAUUUGUAUUCUCCGUUCAGCAAUGUUGUAUCACGGAAAUUCAAGGGACAUCCUCGCGUUAGAGGACCUUUUGAGUUUGGCACACGGGGCAAAAUGCUCCCUCUCACCGGCAUUGCUAUCAAGUAACAAUGCCCUACCCUCGAAAUACAGUAACAAGACCCUACCCUCGAGCUACAGUAGCAGGUUUAAAUCCGCGGUAAGGCGAAGAUAACCGUGUCCCGUACUCCCCAAAUGCACGAAUUAUAGUUUCAUAUAGUUUUUCAUUCCUUUAGAUGCUGCUGGCUCCUCAGUUUAUAACCUCCCUCAGCAAGUUGCUCCCUGUCAAAGACAUUACCAACAAACCGUGUUACCAAACGAUUUUGGCGAUAAGAACAUAACUGCAGCUAAAUCAAGAAUGUAUCCAUUCUUUCCUCUCAUCUACACACUAUGCAGUGAAGAUUUGACUUCAUUUCUCUGUUCUGCGAUCUUCCCAAGAUAUAAGUUAGGUUUGCAACGACCCUGCAAGUCAACAUGUAAGAACAUUUUACAAAGUUGUUCUUAUGCAAUUUCUCGCACGAAAUUCCUCUGGCCUGCUAAGUUGAAGUGUGAUACCUUUCCAACUGACGAAUGCUUUGGUAAGUGAUACUUCUGUUAUUAUCAGGGUUUGUAUUGUCCAGGUAGUUGAAUCUUCUACAGUGCUCACAAUAUAUAUAUAUUUUAUUGAAGAUUUCCAAUAACAUUCCUUUAUUCUUUUGUACUUUAUCUAGACGUUACCAAGGUGACAAUUCCUGCCAGUGAACCCCGUCCGCCAAGUAAGUAAAACUUUGUGGUUUACGUGCAUGGUAUUUAAUGGAGGCAAUGCAGAGAGCCGAGGAUAUUGAGCCACAUCUGAUCGUACCAGGGACUGUAUCUCAUUUUAACAUGCAUCUAAACCAUUAAUCGGCCGACUUUAGCUCAGCUUUUUUUUGUUUUAUUUAAUUAAACUGGAUAGUCCUACUAUGACCAGGAGUUAAUUAAUGUUGAGCACACUAGGUGUGAUUGCCCAAUUCACCCGAGGCUCACGAUACAAAUUCCUGACAACUAAAGGUUAGUUUUUACUGAGGGAGGAAAACUGUAACUCUCGAACCAACCAAACUCUGCUGACUUGACUUCGCAAGAACAGGCUAAGCAUAGAGUAGCAGGUUUAUACGCGAUGUGUUUGAACUGCUUGUUCCCAGUUUUUGACAAGUCUGGAACAAGUUGUUAUCCCCUUGUAUAACAAAGUUGAUGAGGACAACAGAUUUGCAAUCUUUAAGUUGUUGAAACAAGUUAUUAUGAAAUAAGUAAACGGAUAAAAGAAAAGCAUUUAGUUUUAUAAAUUAUUUAAUACGUAUUUGUUGAGGUAAUAGGUAUAAAAUUUAAAACGAUUUAAACUUUCCCGUGUGUAUACGAAAAACGCUCAACUGGAAAGCAGCCUCAACCACACUGACCGUAUCUAUCGGCCUUGCUUCCCUGCUGGAGUGCAGCAUAAAAGAUGCGUCAUGCCUUGUUUCCACAAACUAUGUCAUUUCAUGUUUCUAGCUGAAGGUGGUGCAGCGCGGAGGAAAAGAGCUACACGAGAGUGCAAACCUACAACAAGAAGUUUGUGUUUGUCAGUAAUAAAAGCAUCAACAAGUGGACAACCCAUGAGACUGUUUAACUCAACCUUCUCUGGAUUCAACUACUUCAACUAUGCAUCAACAGAUGAAGCGAUCUUUGAACUCAGCCAACAUCUACGGCUGCUCAGUACGUUAGAAGAAUACAAAAGAAGAGGCAUAACUAAUGUAGAUGGCUGUAUUCCAAAUCUUACAACUCUUCUCUGCCACCUCUAUCUACCAGCAUGUCCACGUGACCCUCAACCACAAAGUUUGUGCAGAGAUACUCUGAGUUCCAACUCAACAUGUGCCAAAUUAGUGGCUCAGAUGAACCGGGAUGGUCAUGAUCUACAAUGGCCUCCAGUACAAGUGAACUGCCAGGAUGAAACUUGGUUCGCUCUCAAUCGUACAGUCGAUAAUGGUAUGUGUAUGAAUAAUCUGGCACCUUUUUUUGCCAUCCAAUGCAAUUACAUAAUUUAAAUGCUUGGUUACCUUUGUUCCAUUCUAUGCUUACAUAAUCAGAACAGUGGUAACUAGGCGUGUCAGUUAUCAAAACAGUGGUAACUAGGCAUGUGAGUAUUCUUAGGACAGUAGUUAACAUGUUAUUAUUCUUGUGUUUUAGUUCAAAUUGACGAUGCAGCCUCCAUUACACAACCACCACCACCGAGUUUUAUCAAAGUUUCCAGUAUUUCAUCGGAUACACUUUCCGUGAAAUAUACGUUAAUAGACAGUCGAGCUUCCGAUCGACGUGGUGUCGGAGUGCUAUACAGACAGAACAAUGCCGUGAAAGCCUAUUUCGUUCUACGACCAGGGGUCUCACAAGUGUUAAACAUACAGACGUUAACUCCAGAAACAGAAUAUGAAAUCAAAGUUGCUACACUGAUUCGUACGACUGAAUUUCCAGGAAUUUUUCGCACCGUUACAAGCAGAACAUUCGGUAAGAAGCGAUUAGAGUUAAGAUUAAGCUUAGCAUUACAAUUUAGGAUUAGAACCACAUUCGGUUAGAGUUAACAUUCGAAACCAGAACACAAUUCAAUUCCAUGUUUGUGAUGUUGUCUCUGAGUGCAUCUACACCGGCCAAGCUGAAAACUUUGCUUGACCACGGUGGGAAUCAAACCCACGACCCCUUUGCUUUGCUUGUCCAAUGCUCUACUAACUGAACUACGAGGUGAAGUCGGUUUGAGUGCGUGAUAUUUCGAUACUUAGUCUGGUUCCUUCGAUAUCCGUGUGUUUCUAAGAUCUUGAAUUUUUUAUAUUUUAAUUCGUUUUCUAGAUAGCAGUGUGAUGGAUGUACCCAGGACAAUUGAUAUAUGUUACAAUUACUACAGGAAAACAUCAUUACCUAACAUGUAUGGUGAUGCAACCAUUGCAAGUGCAAAAAUACGAUUCCUUCCUUUCUACCCCCUGGUCCACACAUUUUGCUCCAGCGAACUAGAAACUUUCCUUUGUUCAAUAUUUCUUCCUCGGUACGAUCCAGUUACAUACACAAGUCAGAGACCAUGCCGAAAGUCUUGUGAGAGGGUGUACCAAAGUUGCAAGUACGCUAUUGGUCGUUCAAGCUUUUUCUGGCCUCCAGAAUUGGAAUGUAGCAAGUUUUCGAAUGAUGCAACGUGUUACAGUAAGAUUGCAAUGUUUUUAUUUUACCUGAAAAUUUUUCAUCUCAAGUAAGACUGCUACUGCAGAUGAUGACUAGCCUGCGAGCAGGCUCUAGAUGAUGACAAGAAUAAUUUUCUCACUUUGAUAACUGUACGUUGACCACUAUCAGCUGCACGAUAGUGCUUAGUGAAACCUAGCUAUCCAAGGUUACCCCACUCACAAAUAAAUUAUCUCCAUUGCAGAUCUGACCAUUGGUCCAGAAGCACGCCAAGCAAACCAAGAAAACGGAUUCGAAGGAGGUGGGUAUUUUUGAUAAACAAUUAUUAUUUAUGCGGUGUGCUUCCCUAAAUCCCCCGAGCUGGAGGCUCAUCAUGGUACCUGCAUGGUGCUUGACAACUAAAGCCCAACCAGUGAGCUCCAUAUACACGUAAAAACGCACAAGUUGUAACAAACCUGCAGUAGACUUGUAGCAAUGCUGUUCCAACAACUUGUCAACAGGAUGUGUUCGCACUGCUUGUUCCCAGCUUGUUGACAACUUGCUACAAGGUUGUUCAGCUCAACAGACUUGUUACAAGUUGUUCCAACAACUUGUUAUCGUCUUGUGAUCCAACAAUUUGUCGACAAGUUGUGAGUGACAACCUUGUAGCAACUUGAUAAAAUAACAACAUUGUUACAACUUGUUGACAAGCUUGCUACAAGCCUGUUGUGAACACAUCUUGUUGACAAGUUGUGAGAUUCUUACGCGUGUAUAUCUCGAGAGAAGAGGAAAUUGAACCAUCUUGGCCGAAUGACUCCAGUUCUUGCUCAAGACAUAUACAGAGCUCACAGGACAGGUAGUUUUUGGCGAGGUAGGAAAACCCGGGGUCGGAGGAAAACCAGCAGCUGGCUAGACUCAAACAAGCUUCUCCACGGUCAUAAUUUCUUUACUGAGCCGUUAGACCGAAAAAAAUCCGCGUUAAACGUCAAUCUGGUUCGCGGUCAAGAUUUGCUUUGUGUUUCAUGGAUUAGUAAUGAAAUUCCAGAUGAAAUGCAGUUAUUCUCAGAAAACAUACACUAAAGCCCUGAUCAAACGAGAGUUGAUGAUACUGUCAAAUUGUUACAGGGGAUGUUUACGCGAAAGAAGUUAUUUCGCUAACCUGAGAAUGACAUUUCGUCAAAACUUUUUUCUUGAAGAUCGGUUUUUUACUUGGAGUAGGGUUAGGGUUAGGGGUAGAGUUGGUGUUUGGAAUAGGGUUAGUGUUAGUAAAACCGUUGCUUUACGUUUUGUCACUCUGAGACCAGCGAAAUAACCUCUUCCUAUUUUAGCUCUAGAUUAACAAAAAAAAAGGCUCGAUGAGUGUUCCAACUACCUAAAUGAUGGUGUUGGGAAAGCAUUAAGAACAGCCAACCAAGGUCGCGUGACUGCCACUCUCAUGUAUUUUCAUCCUUGUUUGAUCCAGGCUUAAAAGUCACAUAAUAUUUCUGUUUCUUAUUGCAGACGUAAUACAACCACAAAAAAGACGUCGACGAGCUACCUCAGGAGAAUGUAAACCUACCCCCUCUACACCCCUCUGUUCAUUGAUCGUAGAACCUCGAGAUGGCCCCCCAGUGGAGUAUUUUCGAACAACAUUUCAAAAUGGCAACUACUUUAACCACACCUCAACAGACGAAGCAGUAUACGAGUUAAGCAAAUAUUUGAACUUGUUCAGUUCAUUACGAGGACCCGAUGCAGGAAAUAAUAGAAACUACGAGCUUUGUUUCAGGUCAUUGACUGUACUAUUAUGUCACCUACAUCUACCUGUUUGCUCUCGCUCACCAUUGAGUCAAGGAACCUGUCUUCAAGUUAUUUUCAACAAUUCUGUUUGUUUCAAUGCAAUAAAAGAUCUUAACACUAAAGGAGCGAACUUUACCUGGCCGCCUGUCAACGUCAACUGUCAAGAUAGAAAGUGGUUCACCAAUGUAACCGGUGUCGAUAGAUGUAAGUAAAUUUUAUUAUUUUUAAAGAUUACAGUAACCUCCUCCCAAGAUAACAACAUUUCUCUAAGACAAGAAUACACAAGACAUUUCUGCAACAAAGACAUCUCAUACCUUAGCUAGUUCAUAUUCUUAUAUUUCCGUUAUAGUUUUCGUUCAAUUUUCUAAUCCAUUUGGUCCUCCUGCGCCAAAGAAUAUUCAAAUCACUCCCAAAUUUUCUACGAGACUUAACAUUUCCUUCGAUCGUACCCCUGAUCGUACAGGUGGUCUAAAUGCGACAGCGCUGUACAGGCGACGUGGUACUACAACAGCUUAUCAGUGUACGACGACACACCCGUCAUUAAGGCCUGGUGCCCUCACGCUAGAGCAACUCACACCAGCAACGGAUUAUGAAAUAAAAUUAGCGUCAUUAAGAUCAACAUCCGGUUUACCUGGAGCGUUCGUGGCAAGUACAUCCAACACAUUUGGUAAGCAUAAAUGAUAUUUUUUGUGUAUUGGUGUUAUGUACUCAGGUGAAUAUGCUGUUUGUGAGGUUACUCUUACGCCCGUAUUCUAAAAGCUCACUCACACUCAAUGAGUGGAGGUUCAAUCUGAGCUUCUCUUGAGCGUUAAUGCUGUUUUUGAAUAGCUGGAGGGGUAGUGCCAUACCUUACUAUGUGACUGCUCACCCUUCAGCUAUUCAAAAACAGCAUUGACACUCAAGAGAAGCUUAGAUUGAACCUCCGUUCAUUGAGUGUGAGUGAGCUUUUAGAAUACGGGCGUUAGUGUGCAUCCACACCUGGCAAGCUGAAACGACUUGACCUCGUAUGCUUCGAUUCCAACCGUGGUCAGACAAACUUUUCAGCUUGCCCGGUGUUAAUGCACACUCAGAGUAACAUCACAAAAACAAGAAUAAAUUAUGUUAACCAUCAACAACAAUACCAGCCUCGUUUUCGUGUAAGUAACACAAGUUAAAUCCCAACAGGAACCUUACGAUUUAGGACGGCAACGCGACGGCAACGCGACGGCAACGCGACGGCAACGCGACGGCAACGCGACGGCAACGGCUACCAAUACAAUAAAUCAUUGAAAAUAAUUGAAAAAUUACAAUAUAUGAAUAAUUUAGACAUUGUCCUCGCUCUGAUUUCAACGCCAAAUCACGGAUUUUCACGUCUUGAUACAACGGCUGCAUUUCAAGCCGCAACAAAUACAGUUUCAAAAUGGGUUCAGCAGAACUCUUCACAACCAUAAAAACCAAGUCUUCAACUUCUAAGACUGUAUUAAAUUCAUACGAUUGAUAAUAUCGUCGCGUUGCCGUCCUACAAUCGUCUUUACUAUCUCAAUCAUAAAAACGAGGCGAAGGCGACGUACUUCCUGGAAAGAAGUAUUGCAGAACACCAUUUUUUCAUAGAAAGGUUAAAUGCACAUACCACUGUGGCCACAAUAGCUAUGCACACAUGGAAUACAAAGAAUAUAAUAAAAACAUAAAAAUGUUUUCUCUUUUAAGGACAAUGUCAAAACGACACGACAGGAGAAGAGAUCACCCAAGGAAAAUUUCACUGGACAAUGCAAGAUGGAAGCCAACGGCAAUAUUUGACCUGCCCGUAUGGUGGUGAUCUUGACGAUAUCGAUGACAGACCGCCCAUUGAGGGAUCGAUCGAGGGGGAAUUUACCGCAGAACGUUUCUGUAAAUGUGACAUACCGAACAUUUGCAAGAAUCCAUCCUGGCUCGAGCCGGAGACGAGCAAGUGUAUCUUCAAGCGUGUGGAUCAAUCCGAUCCUGUUACUUUCACUUUGUCAGAGGUUUUUCAGGUAAAUGAUUCAAAGCUUUCUCCUCUCUGCAUCAUCAAAAUCUCCCAUGAGCAAAUUCAAGGCUUUCUCUGAACAUAGAAGUUAAGAGCCCACCUACAAAAUUCUCUCUGCAUCAUCAAAAGCCCCUAUGAGCAAAUUCAAGGCUUUCUCUGAACAUAGAAGUUAAGAGCCCACCUACAAAAUUCUCUCUGCAUCAUCAAAAGCCCCUAUGAGCAAAUUCAAGGCUUUCUCUGAACAUAGAAGUUAAGAGCCCACCUACAAAAUUCUCUCUGCAUCAUCAAAAGCUCCUAUGAGCAAAUUCAAGGCUUUCUCUGAACAUAGAAGUUAAGAGCCCACCUACAAAAUUCUCUCUGCAUCAUCAAAAUCUCCAUAUAAGCAAAUUCAAAGCUUUCUCUGAACAUAGAAGUUAAGAGCCCACCUAAGUUUCGAGUUUCUUACUAAUUUUGAUAUUUCUUAACUCUCAUUCAGAAAUUAGACGGCGAUGAAAUAUCGCCACAUAAUGCGAGCGAGGAACUCGUGACCAUUACAGCACAAUAUGCUCCUGAAUUUACGCCAGAUGAUGUUAUUUUAUCAACAGUAAUUUUGGAAGAUAUCGCUAAAAACACACAACAAUUAAAAAAGGUAGGCAAACUAAGACAAAAAGUUCAAGUCAAAAGGUUUUGCUAACACUUCCUUUGACUGUAAACACGCUAGGUUUCAGUCAUGUUGAAGAUAAAUCUUUUGAAGACAGAAAUCUCGGGUCUAAAAUAAAUAUGUAUAAAACUUAUACACAAUAUACCCUUUCGGUAAUUACAUCACACAUACUUUUUGGUCUUGGAGCCUCACUCUCAUUAGUAAAUUACGCAAGGUGAUUGGCUCACGAUUCAUGAGAGCGAGGCUCCCAGGCCAGAUGACAUAAUUAUCGAAAGGGUGUAUUCGAAAUCUGUUGAAUGUUGUCUUUUCUCAAAUAUUGAGUUCCUGGAUGGAACUUGGAGUAUGUUUUAUAUUUGUUUGAUAUGAAAUAUUUCCUUCAGACUGGACCAAACAUUGUGAAGUCAAUCAGCAAUCUUUUGAAUACAGAGGAGAACGUUCUUUCUGAAAGCCAGCGAAUCACCAAUGCCUCAGCAAGGUGCGUGCAAAUUGUUAGAUUGGGCGUGGAAUAACCGUGCCUCAAUUGUUUAAAUAUUCCCAAAUUCGUCGUAUUAUUAUCCAUUUUUGGUAUGAUUCUCUAUUCCAUUCAAAUAUUCAUUACUCAUUUCCCACACAGACUUCAUUCCACCACUUCAGAAUGCCUAGAACAUUACCCCAGAAGAGCAGCCUAUAUUCGAGUUAUUAACAUGUUCGGUGUACAUUCGAAUGCUCAGUGCUCCCUUGGGAAAUUUUAGAAUUCCAGAAUGGCCAUUUCUUGCGUUUUCAGAGCAGUUCCACUUGAGAACUAACUUGCUUUUCAUUCUCUUACAGAACCUUAAGAGUUCUGGAUCAAUACUUAGAGAACGUCCCUCUGGAACCUGGUCAAAAUUUCACCCAAAACGAAGCGCACAUCGCUGUGUUCACGCAAGAAUAUGACAUCCGAGACUUCGCGGGAGCUGCUGCUGCCUCUGUUGAAAAAAAUACAGCAGAUAAGUUGGUAGUCUAUGAUGACGAUCAAGGCGUUCAAGAAGAUAUAUCACAAGUGUCGCUGACCAUGUCAAGCUCGUUGUUUAAAGACUUAGAUAUUGACGUAGACAGUCAGAGUCAACGCAUCUCGUUCAUUAUACAUCGCAAAACCUCAUUCUUUACAACCUCAGAGAAAAAAGAGUCAAACUCCCAAACCAAUACAGUUCGAAAAAAGAAUAGUUUCGUCAUAUCAGGUUCAGUGAAAGGCCAGAGGUUAACUGACCUCGCAGACCCUAUAAUGACAACUUAUCAGCCACUGGAUGCAGGCAUAGACGAAACAACUGCUUGUGUUUUUUGGAACUUCACCGCGGGGGAGAACGGUUUAGGAAACUGGUCAUCAGUUGGAUGCAGUUAUCAAGGAACUGAGGAUGGUGUGGUCACGUGCCAUUGUACACAUUUGACUAACUUUGCCAUAUUGAUGGUAAGUAAGCUUUAGACAGAUGUACUAUUUAGAAAAUGACCCGAAGUGCUUUAUGAGUUGCCUAAGCCAAGAAAAUCAAAGUUUAUGUAAAUGAACAUUAUUUUUUAUCACAUAUAAAACCAGCGACAUCGUCCUGAUUUCCUCAUGGAUUAUUAAUGAUGUUUGAAGCUUAUAUAAAUAUAAUUGUUUUGUUUUGUUGGGUGGAAACCAACAGGUUUAUUUUGUGCAAAACUUUCAAUCUGUAAGCCCGGAUCUUCAUUAGUGCAAAUAAUAUAAUGCUAGACUUUAAUUCCCACAUCCAGUAAACCCAAUGAAAGAUUUCUACUCGAAUAUUUAUGGUAGCAAAAUUAGUCUGGCCUGAUUUGCCAGCCAUGUAUGUUGGUUAUGCGCUUUCAAUGUCAAAUCUUUUCCUCUCAUUUUGUUCACAUUUAAACCAAGCACUUUCUGUCUCUGUGAGAACUACGAAACAUUUUUACGAUUCUCCUACCUUCAAAAGCGUCCUGUCCAGCAGCUAACGUUGUAGAUGUCCAAAUCGUUCUUAAUUCUUAGUUCUUAAUCUUUCAUAUUUGAUCGAGUAUUGUUCUGUAAGAGAGAGAGAAAUAUUCUCAGUUCAAUUAUUUUAUUGCAGGAUGUACAUAUUGGUGACAGAGACGAGACUCAUGAUAAAGUUCUGAGUGUCAUCAGUUAUAUUGGAUGUGCUAUCUCCUUAGUUGGUCUUAUUCUCACUAUUAUCACUAUACUUAUAUUCAAGUAAGUAAAUAUAAUAAAUUUAUUUAUACUGGAUAACUCUAACAGUUCGGAACUGUUCUUCCUAGAGGUCCAGUAAGAAUCAUAUCUUAUUGAUCCAGUGUUACUACAGGAGGAAACCUAAACUAAACUAACUUUAUUUAUACUGGAUAGCUCUAUCAUACUGGAUAACUCUAACAGUUCGGAACUGUUCUUCCUAGAGGUCCAGUAAGAAUCAUAUCUUAUUGAUCCAGUGUUACUACAGGAGGAAACCUAAACUAAACCAACUUUAUUUAUACUGGAUAGCUCUAUCAGUUCUUCGUUCUCUCUAGAGGUCCAAUAAGGAUCAUCUCUUAUUGAUCUAGUGUUACUACAGGAGGAAACCUAAACUAAACGAUUGGAUAGCUCUAUCAGUUCUAAACUGUUCUUCUUAGAGGUAACUUUAUUUACACUGGAUAGCUCUAUCAGUUCUAAACUGUUCUCCCUAGAGGGUUCAGUAAGGAUCAUCUCUUAUUGAUCCAGUGUUACUACAGGAGGAAACCUAAACUAAACUAACUUUAUUUAUACUGGAUAGUUCUAUCAGUUCUAAACUGUUCUCCCUAGAGGUCCAGUAAGGCCAUCUCUUAUUGAUCCAGUGUUACUACAGGAGGAAACCUAAACUAAACUAACUUUAUUUACACUGGAUAGCUCUAUCAGUUCUAAAUUGUUCUUCCUAGAGGUCCAGUAAGGCCAUCUCUUAUUGAUGCAGUGUUACUACAGGAGGAAACCUAAACUAAACUAAACUAACUUUAUUUAUACUGGAUAGUUCUAUCAGUUCUAAACUGUUCUCCCUAGAGGUCCAGUAAGGCCAUCUCUUAUUGAUCCAGUGUUACUACAGGAGGAAACCUAAACUAAACUAAACUAACUUUAUUUAUACUGGAUAGUUCUAUCAGUUCUAAACUGUUCUCCCUAGAGGUCCAGUAAGGCCAUCUCUUAUUGAUCCAGUGUUACUACAGGAGGAAACCUAAACUAAACUAACUUUAUUUACACUGGAUAGCUCUAUCAGUUCUAAAUUGUUCUUCCUAGAGGUCCAGUAAGGCCAUCUCUUAUUGAUCCAGUGUUACUACAGGAGGAAACCUAAACUAAACUAACUUUAUUUACACUGGAUAGCUCGAUCAGUUCUAAAUUGUUCUUCCUAGAGGUCCAGUAAGGUCAUCUCUUAUUGAUCCAGUGUUCCUACAGGAGGAAACCUACCACUUUCAACAAAGUAAUCACACAAUAAUAAAUUAUUGAUUAUAUAUAGAUUGAGAUAAUUAAUCGAUGAUUGUUUUUAACCAUCACCUUUGUGUCUCAAUUUUUAGAGAUCUUCGAAGCAAAGCUCCGACUCAGAUCUUGCUCAAUUUCUGCAUUGCUCUCUCGCUAACGUUAAUCGUGUUUCUGGUGGCUGCAGAGAGAUCCAACACCUCCUCCCUCGGUGCCUGUAGGGCUGCGGCAAUAGCUCUACAUUACUUCGUGUUAGCCAUGUUUGUGUGGACAUCUAUACAAGCUUACAACAUGUACCGAGCCUUUGUGACAGUUAUACCAAAAUAUCAUUCCAAGUUUAUAUUGAAAUGCUGUGUGGUUGGAUGGGGUGAGUGAUUGAUUGAUGGAAUGAUCGGUAGACUGAUGUUAUUAAUGAUUCUAAUGUUAUAGAUAAUGAUCGAUAGAUUGAUGUUGUUAUAGACUUUAAAGCUAAAAAGUUAAUCAUUUUUCUAAUGUUAUAGAUAAUGAUCGAUAGAUUGAUGUUGUUAUAGACUUUAAAGCUAAAAAGUUAAUCAUUUUUUGAUUGAUGGAAUAAUGAUCGAUAGAUUGAUGUUGUUAUAGAUUCUAAAGCUAAAAAGCUAAUCAUUUUUUGAUUGAUGGAAUAAUGAUCGAUAGAUUGAUGUUGUUAUAGAUUCUAAAGCUAAAAAGUUAAUCAUUUUUUGAUUGAUGCAAUAAUGAUCGAUAGAUUGAUGUUGUUAUAGACUUUAAAGCUAAAAAGUUAAUCAUUUUUUGAUUGAUGGAAUAAUGAUCGAUAGAUUGAUGUUGUUAUAGAUUCUAAAGCUAAAAAGUUAAUCAUUUUUUGAUUGAUGGAAUAAUGAUCGAUAGAUUGAUGUUGUUAUAGACUUUAAAGCUAAAAAGUUAAUCAUUUUUUGAUUGAUGAAAUAAUGAUCGAUAGAUUGUUGUUGUUAUAGACUUUAAAGCUAAAAAGUUAAUAUUUUUUGAUUGAUGGAAUAAUGAUCGAUAGAUUGAUGUUGUUAUAGACUUUAAAGCUAAAAAGUUAAUAUUUUUUGAUUGAUGGAAUAAUGAUCGAUAGAUUGAUGUUGUUAUAGACUCUAAAGCAAAAAGGUUAAUCAUUUUUUGAUUGAUGGAAUAAAGAUCGAUCUAUUGAUGUUGUUAUAGACUCUAAAGCUACAAACCUAAUGCUUUUUGAUUGAUGGAAUAAUGAUCGAUAGAUUGACGUUGUUAUAGACUCGAAAGCUAAAAACCUAAUCAUUUUUUCAGGUCUACCAGCUGUGAUUGUGAUAAUAACAGCCGCAGUAGCGAUUGAAGAUUAUGGUGAUGAAAACUUGUAAGUUUGUUUUGCUUCACUGGAAAACUCAGAGAAAUUUCCUGCGUGGAACAUGGGUAACUACAUUCACACGCGAGACUUGGUCUUAUCUAAAUAUCGCUUUAUUUUCCCUUGUAUAGUUGCCGAGUGCAAGGUCUACCGUUCCAGAUUGGCUUCUUGGCUCCAGUGAUUUUAAUCCUUGUUGUAAACUCUAUAGCAUUCGUUCUUAUCAUUCGCUCACUGCUCACAGCCGGAAGUAAAGUUACCGCCGACAAGAGAGCCACGGGAUUACAACACGCCAGACGAGGUUCCGCCAUCUUGGUUGUGCUUGGUUUAACCUGGCUAUUCGGUAUCCUCGCUAUAAGUGAUGCGAAAUUAGUCUUUCAAUAUUUGUUUUGUAUUUUCAACUCAAUUCAAGGACUUUUGGUGUUUGUGUUCUACUGCGUGCUAUCCUCGGAAACUAAAGCUAAGUACAGGAAAUUGUUUUGCGGAAAAAGUGCGCAAUCUGACACGGGAAUGUCAAGUCAUGGCAAGCAACGUUAUGCUGGGGCUUCUUCAGAAGGACGCUUUCAUGAAAUUAACUCCAACAAGAAUACAACAAGUAAUGUGUAUACCAUGAGUACAGGAGAAUCUUCGAUGUCAACUCCAAAUAAAGUUAAUGUAGAAAUGAGUAAGCUAUAGAUGCUUUGUGUUUUAUGAAGUGUUCAGAUAGAUAUCUGUGGAAUUUAUUUGUGUGAAAACAAUCUGGACAUUUAAUCGAAAAAACCUGAAUGAUUGGAACAUUUAGCUAUUGGAAGAGAUGAAAUAAUUUUGAAAAUUUUCUGUCUUCUUGACCUAGAAUAGAUACGAGUGCUUUUGUGAAAAAACUUGAACAUACGGAAGACAGAGAAUUAGUGCUUGGAACAUUUAGCUUUUGCAAGAGAUGAAAUGAUUUUGAAAACUUGCAGUCUUCUUGCAGACUUACAAUAGAUAUAUGUGCCUGUGUGAAGGAUAUAUGGAAGAUAAAUAACUCUCUAGCAAUGUCAUUGUGAAUGAAGAAAAAUAUGAAAAUACUGAAUAAUCUCAUAAUAGCAGUUGUAGUGUAAUUCAUUUCUCCUUUGCAGUAAUGAAACGAAUUACAUAUAAUCAUUAUAUACAACAAUUACUUUCUAAAUUAACAUGCUGUCUUCACAAUAUAGUGGACAAUACUGUGUUUAAUUGAUCAAAGAUAUUUAACCUGAUAUGUAGUCCUAUUUAAUACAGUUCAACAAAACCAAGAUCCAUGAAGUCCUGAGCAAGAUUGUCUUCUAGAGGCCUGAUUGUCGAACCAGUCCCCUAACUGCUCGCCAUCCAGACGUCUUUCCAAAUCACGUGAUUCAGUCGUGUCUCGCGGCUGAAAACUGAAUAUAUCAUAAACAUUUCGUCUUUGUUGGUUUAACUGGUAUGUUGAUCUUGCAUGGGCAGAAUUCAACACUAAACAUACCAGGGAAAACACGAGUAGAGCUG